CUUACUCACGGGGCUUAGUCGCAAGAGGCUUAGUAUGGCAAGCCUUGAGCCAUGGUUCAUCGUCGUCGCAUCCGCCCCGUUUUUUCUUUUAACGUUGUGACCUGGAUUUUCACGAAGCCGCAGGAAUGCUGCAAGACGGACUUUAUCGUCGUCGAGGACGUCACCGACAAGCUGUAUCUACCUGCUGCUGCACGGAACGCCCCGACAUUUGGAUCCGAGGCGCAUGUUUGCCGACAUUUAUAGAUUAAACUAUAAACAGCACCAUAUUUGUCACAGGUACGCUUGAGCCUCUCGUCGGAAAUCAACUGGGUGCGGACGGAAAACACAAUCCCAUUGCUGUCAAUGACAAGGACGAUGGAAAUCCCUUGACAAAUGGAAUGAUAAUGGUGAUUCGUCCUUUGGGCGCCUUUUGAUAUAGACUUGAAACGAGCCAACAAGGACCGCGCUCCGCCGUGCCUGGUGUUGUGUUAUACUCUUCUUUAAACCUGUUGAUUAGCGGGAUACCGGAGCUAACACAUUUCACCUUCUUGUGGUCUUGCGGGUGCUUGGCGGUACACAGUCAUUAUCGUAGCCAAAAAGCCGAGGCAACAACCUCAUGGCCUCGCUUCAACAGUCUGACGCAGGAAGGCUCCGGCCUCAUCCAAGCGAACAAAGUUUGAAGAGUCCAGCGCCAGGGAGUGUCCGAUACGAACUACGCGUCUUGCAGCAGCCUAUACGCGCGCGAGCCUGCGGGUUUGGAACAAAAGAUCGACGACGAGUGGAUCCUCCACCAGUAGUGGAGCUAAUCAAAUAUGACGAGAGAAAUAUCCGAGAUUCCAGUGCGCAAGAAGAACCAUACCUUGUGUGCCAUGCUUCGUUGUGUAGUGCCGAUGGGACAGAGGACCGAGGUCUCAUUAACAAUAUUUACGCCGACGAAUCGGCCGGUGAACUUGGUGCAAGUCAGCACGCAUUGGUCGGUUGCGCGGUUGCGACGGCUCAGCCUCUAAAGGACGUGCACGGUGUGAAAAAGCUUAUGUUUAUAUUCCCUGACUUGUCCGUUCGUCCACCGGGACAUUUGAGGCUCAAGUUUAGAUUGGUAGACUUGAGGCCAGUUUUUGAGAGAGGAACAGGGGCGGGCACAACUGAUGGGGAGGAGCAAAACGUGCUGACAUCCGGAGGGCUGCGAACGUCAUCAGGGCCAUCAGCAUUCCGACCGGUAGCGAGCACCUCUAGAGUUACGACCGCGUUGACCUCGCAAGAGCAUAUCAACAUGGCUGAGGAGGCUGCCCUAUCAUCAGCGAUACCCAUACAAGCAAUGACGUUAUCGGAUGUAUUUACAUGUUACCGCGCAAAGCAGUUUCCUGGCAUGUUGGAGUCAACAGAUUUAUCGAAAUGCCUUGUUGCCCAAGGCGUUCAAGACAUCCCGAUAAGAGACAAGGGUGUCGACCCCUCAAGAAUGCUCGACCGCUACUAAAUUGGACUGAUCUCGCUGUCCAGUAGCCUGUUGCGUGAAAUCUUUUCUCCCAACCACAAUUUCCCGUGUUCAAAUAAGAAGGCUGAUUCUGUUGUUUUUUGUAUGUCGACGUUGAACUCGUCGACUGUUCAAGGCUAUGUUGUUGUUGUUUUUUGUUUUUUUAAUUUUUAUUUACAUUCGGAUCGUGGCCUCUUAAGAUCCCAAAUCAUUGUUUGAUAUGCGAGGAAGAGAAUAUGAUCUAAAGAGGAGAUGGGCACAUCUUUUGGAUAGCGACACUGCUAAUGAUGUGUUUUUUUUUCUUGCUAUGGAUCUGCAAAAUUGGGGAUGCACGUUGAAAUAGUAAAUCCAAGCUAAAAAUAACCCAUGUCCGCAAACGGC